UUAGUUAAUUUUAAGUGAAUCUCAUGAAGAUUACACACACCUUACACAACCGACUAUUUUACAGUCUUUUUCGAUAAAUCGCAAUAGUGCCACUGUUAAUUCAAGUUCUGCCAUAAAAAAAUUCUUUCUAGAUUUUCUACCUCUUUUUUCUAAAGACUGACAAAUCUGAAAAUUUCAAAUCAAAUUCAAAUGUGUCAAAUGAAUCGUAAAACAGAACUGUCAAAGAUUGUUAUGAAUACAUAGAUAGCAUUAUACUCUUUCCUUAAUCUUUUUAUUCAAAGGAUCUGUACCAAAAAAACAACAAAAACCAGAGACCCCAUAUAUUUUUUCCUUUUAAUACGGUAAAAAAUUGUCACGACGGCAACGUGGCCGUAGGGAAACGCACCGAAUCCCGCAUCCCUACACCGUUGCAGGCGACCGUCGCGCCCCCAAACGAUCAACAAUAAAAGCCGCCACAAGAAAAUGGCGAUUUCGCUUCGAUCGUGUGCAGUUCGUAUCCGACUCUCUACAGACGCGCGUCCCCACAGGAGCCCCGAGUGAGCAUCCCGCAAGGUAAUUUUCGUGAAAACAGUGCUAACGGGCGAAAAAUGGAUGAGAAAAAGUGCGAGAACGGCGAUGAAAAUCGAGCAAGAAAAACGGGCGACGACGACGCCAGCUCGGCGGACAUUUUGAACGGUGCGCGCGCUUCUGGGAAGCCGAAGACGCUCGAGCAGGACGCGACAUCUACCGAGGGCGACGCGCCGCCGAAAAAGCGCAAGACGAGGCGCGGGAAAUCCAAAAGGAAGAUGCCCUACCAGAAGUACGGGAGGAUUACUAGGAAAAAUACCAGCACUAAAUCGGUAAAACCACGUAUGGUUAAGCCAGAAGCCCCCCACAACGACAACCAAUUCCUUCUCGAAGACCACGGCGAUCUAGAAGAGCUAGACGAACGUUUCAAGUGUAUUGAUCAAGCCUCCACAUCCACAGUCACCCGUACCAGAGACUCCAGCUUCAGCGUGGACUCAGACUGUGAGUUCUACUCCUCCCCUGAUGAUGAAGGCGAGUUCCUCAUGAAAGACUUCAACGAUCAGUACCAGAGCGUGCAAACCGAGCAACUUCACACGAUGUCCAAGCAGGAACUCAUCCAAGAAUACAUGUCUUUGGACAGUCGGUUCUCGCAGAAGUCCAAGGACUUGGAGGAGACUAUAAGACGCUUGGAGAAAGAGCUGGAGAAGCAAAAGAACGAUAAAGAGUGUUUGGAACGGGAAAAUGCUGUUCUCAAAGCGAAAUUAGAGGAGGUCGAUAACUGUAACAGUGAUUCGGAAGACUCAGAAACCGAUUCGAGUGAUUCUUGUAGUUCUAGUUCGUCUUCGAACAGUCCCAGUGGUGGUAGUAGAUCUACUAGCCCCCUUUUAAAUGACGUGGACUUUCUAAAACCGAACGGUCAUAUUUCGCCUACUGCUAGUGUGGAACCCGUGUAAAAAAAUUUUUUUUAUUAAAAAUUAAUUUUAUUUUCCUCCCCUGUAUCAUCCGUUUCUUUUUUGUUAUUUAUUUUUCCCUUAUUCUUGUCGAUACAUUUUUAUAAGACUGAAAAAGUUUCAAGAUUGGAAUUUUUGUUGCCUGUGCAUUUUUUAUAGUAUAUUUAUUUUAAUGCCAAUCUUUAAGCUCGGAAGUUUUUGUUUUUAUAUAUAGUUUUUUUUUCUUUUUUUUUUCUCUCUUAGUACAACCAGGUCCAGUGUGGUUUUUUUUGAGUUAAUUUUUUUAGGUUUUAAGUUGAAUGUUUUUUUUAGAUCUAGGGAUGAAGUAAAAAAAAAAUAAUUGGGACUCAAGUCAAAAUUCAUCUCUAGAUUGAAAUCAGUUUGUAUGUCGAAUUUAUCUAAUUUAUUUAAUUUUUUACCUUCCUUUUGUGAAUAUUUUUUUGUAAAAAAAGAUGAAAAAAGUCAAAUUGUUGUAGGUAAGAAAUUUUUAUUGUAGUUUUAAUGUUUAUUCUAAUAAAAUGUUUAAAUAGUC